UCGAAAGCUGAGGAAAACUAGAAAAACCCAUUUUUAUUCUCUUCCCUUCAGAAUGUCCCCAAUAAUGCAAAACAUAAGAAAUGUUGGCAAAAGUUGCUUCUCAACCAUAUUUUCCCCUGAAGCUCGUCUAACUUCAAAUCAACAAUGGAGGUCAAAUUUCUACACUCGCUCUCCCACCACAACCAAUCCUAGGCUCAUCUCUCCCACUCUAUCACGUCAUUUUUCUACACCCCCUUCGAAAUCCAGAAUUGGAUUUAUCGAAUGGUAUUUGGAGAAACUCAAUUCCCGCCCAAUACUCACCAAAACCAUCACAACUUCUCUCAUUUUCGCCGCUGCUGACUUCACUGCUCAGAUGCUGUCAUCUUCUUCAAGUGGUUCAUUUGAUUUAAUAAGGACAACACGCAUGGCUGCUUAUGGAUUACUAGUAUUAGGGCCGUCGCAACAUAUAUGGUUCAAUUUAAUGUCGAAAACUUUCCCAAAACGUGAUGUGUUGUCUACCUUGAAGAAAACUUUUAUGGGACAGGCUCUUUAUGGACCUGCUAAUGCCAGUGUUUUCUUCUCCUACAAUGCCGCUUUACAGGGUGAGAGUGGGGAUGAUAUUGUUGCUAGAUUGAAACGUGAUGUGCUCCCAACUUUGAGAAAUGGUCUUAUGUACUGGCCUAUCUGCGAUUUUUUCACAUACAAAUUUGUUCCAGUUCAUCUACAGCCAUUGGUCAACAGUACAUGUUCAUAUUUUUGGACAAUCUAUUUAACAUACAUGGCAAGCUUACAAAAAGUGGAAACCAGUUAGUGUUUGUCUUUUGAUUGAUAGCUUGUACCCAUUUCAAGUUUAUUUGAAGGAAGAGAGGAACCCUGCAAUUCUACAAUCUUGCCAUCUCUAUCAAUCAUUUUUUUAUGGUAAGAGUUCUUUUAGUUCUUGAUUAUUAACCUGUGCUAAGGAAUUUAAGUUUCAUAUCCUAUUAUGUACAGUUUUGGAAUUCGAGUAGUUUUGAACAGGGUCAGGGAGGAUUUAUGUUAUAUGGUGUCUAAAAUAAAUCACAAGCUGUUCAUUUCUCUUCUUUCUCAUGACAGGACGAGAUUGCUAUCAUAAGUGUAUGUGUUCUACUGGAAAUUCUGUAGACAGUUUGAUGAUGAUCACAUUUUUAAUUUGGUUACUUUCUCUUCGCUAAAAUAUUCAUGAGUUCGGUAAUGUCGGUUUACUCUUCUAGCUCUCUUCUCUAGGAAUAAUAAAUAUCUUCAGCCGCCAGUUGGCAGCAAACAAUGCAUUUGCUAUGAGCGAGUAACUGAGUUUCUUAUGUUGUGAUAUUCAUACUGUUUCUCCUUUAAACAAUUGACGAAAUUCAUCAAAUCAUUUUAAAAGCUAUAUACAUUUUUAUGUC